GGAGCAUUACGUCACAUCAAAGCAAAUGAACAGCAGGGACCAGAGGCUCCGCGCGAGACUAACGCGAAAAAAGCUAAUUUUGCGUUUAAUGGUGAAAGUGUCGUCGAUGUAAUGCGUCGAUUUAACGCAAUUGUUGUUUAGUAAAAGCGGAUGGAUUGGAAUUAAAGACGUUUCUGCGAUGACACGCGUUUGAAUGAUCGAGGAGUCGAGCGGUAACAGCAGCAUCAUGGCUGAUAGAAGACAACUGUUUGCUGAAAUGCGUGCACUGGAUCUGGACUCCAUCAGAUUGUCCACAUACAGGACAGCCUGCAAGCUGAGAUUUAUUCAGAAGAGGUGCAAUUUGCAUUUGGUGGAUAUCUGGAAUAUUAUCGAGGUGUUUCGUGAAAACAGACUCAACACCAUGGACCUCAACACAGAGUUUUCUGUAUCGCACCUGCAAGCAAUACUCUCCACCAUCUUUUACCAGCUGAACAAACGCUUACCCACAACCCAUCAGAUCAACGUGGACCAGUCCAUUUCAUUUCUCCUAAACUUUCUGUUAGCGGCAUACGACCCGGAAGGUGUGGGAAAAAUCUCGGUUUUUGUCGUGAAGACGGCCCUGGCCGCCCUCUGUGGCGGAAAGAUUUUGGAUAAACUGAGAUAUAUUUUUUCACAGAUAUCAGACUCGAAUGGAGUAUUGAUAUACACACAGUUCGAUCAGUUUCUGAGAGAGGUGCUUAAACUGCCCGUGACGGUUUUUGAGGGUCCGUCGUUUGGUUACACUGAGCAGUCUACGAGAACCUGUUUUCUGCAAGAGAAGAAGGUCUCGCUCAAUGUGUUUCUUGACACAUUCAUGUCAGAUCCUCCUCCUCAGUGUCUGGUUUGGUUACCGCUGAUGCAUCGACUGGCAAAUGUUGAGAACGUCUUCCAUCCAGUUGAGUGUUCCUACUGUCACAGCCAGAGCAUGAUGGGAUUUCGUUAUCGUUGCCAAAAAUGCGAUAAUUACCAACUCUGUCAAGAGUGUUUCUGGAGAGGCCAUGCCUCAGGCAGUCAUAGCAACCAGCACCAGAUGAAGGAGUACAUGUCAUGGAAAUCUCCAGCUAAGAAGUUGUCGGAUGCUCUCAGCAAGUCUCUGAGCUGUGCGACCAAUCGAGAUCCUCCUUACCCAAUGUUCUCCGAAGCCCCCGAGAAACCGCUCAACCUCACCCAUGUCGUGCCUCCUCGACCGAUGACCAGUGGAAAUGAGUUCAUGCUUUCUCACACCAUGCCUUCCUCAGGAAACCCGUACUCCAGUAAAACAGGUGCUCACGAUGAGGCUAAACAAAAGAGACUGUAUUCUCAGACAACCCCGGAUCUUUUGAAAGGAAAGGGGGUUCGAUACAGCCUCGAUAUUGCCGAUAGGCUCGAGGAUGAGCACUUACUUAUCAGAGUUUAUGUGAAUCUACUUGAAAAGAAGUCCUCAUGUUUUCAGGAGAGCAGUAAAAACCAAGAUGAGGAGCACUGCCUUAUCGCCCGUUACGCCUCCCGAUUGGCUACUGAUGGAGUUGCGUCGAGGAGCAGAGUACCGUCAGAUAUCUCCUUGUGUUUGGAUACAAACAAACAGCAGAGGCAACUUAUCGCCGAGCUAGAGAGCAAGAACAAAGAGAUCUUGCAGGAGAUACAGCGCUUGAAACAACAGCAUGAGGAAGCUUCUCAGCCUCCAUUAGACAAAAACCAACAAAACCCAACAUUACUGGCUGAACUGAGACUGCUCAGGCAGAGAAAAGAGGAGUUAGAACAGAGAAUGUCGGCUCUACAGGAGAGCCGUCGUGAACUCAUGGUCCAACUGGAGCAGCUCAUGAUGCUAUUAAAGGACGAGGAGCUGAAGCGCACCACCCAAGGUACUGGCUCCUCCCCUCGCUCCUCCCCCAGCCACACGGCCAACACAUCCAUCCAUUCAGCAUCCGGCAGUACCACACCCAUCCCUAUGCCGGUCCAGUCAACAUCCGGCAAUACCACGCCCAGUCAGACACCUCAGGACUCGCUCAUGGGCCUGGGAGGAGAAGUGCAACAGGCUUUUGCUCAGGGCUCCAGAAGGAACUUAAGGAAUGAUCUUCUGCUAGCUGCAGACUCCAUAACCAAUACAAUGUCUUCUCUGGUUAAAGAACUUAACUCAGAAGUAGGGAGUGACACAGACAGCAUCUCUGACCUCACAUUCCAGAUGGCAGACGUUUUUCAUCCACAGACCGGUUCCUCUAGAAUAGGGGCCGCAGGUCAGGAGGCUGGAGGAUUUUACAGGAACGGCCUGGAGAACCGGCUGGACAAAGAGCUAAAGAUGGAGGAACGACUGAGACCCACACAGGAGCAGGACAAGAACUUCUUGGUGACUUUACAAGAGUAACUGCAGUUUAUUAAGCAAUGGUGGAGGACGAGCUACUUUAAAGCACUGUGCAGUAACCAUACCUGUACCGUGGUACAAAAAAUAUAUUUUUAGAAAUGUUUUAAGAUACUGUGAACCAACUUGGAGCAAACAAUGGAACUGUCUAUAACACCACCAGUGCCAUAAAAUCCAACAUUUUUAAGAUGAUUUCAUUUACUACUGUAGGUGUUUAUGUGAUUUGGUUUGAUUUUAUUUUCAUAUGUAUGUUUAAAGAGUUGUACUGUAUUUAAAUAUCUGUUGGGGAAAAUGGGUGUGGUCUUUAACGAAGCUGCUAUCUUUACAAACCCAACACAUUUACUUUUAUUUGAAGAGUUGAACGCCCAGAGACCCAGUGGUCUUUUAAAGCGUAUGUAUACAUAUUAAUAAUAUGUUGUAACUUGGAUUUGCGAUUUUAUCAUAGUCUUUGAUUACAACUUAAUACACUGCCUUAGCUUAUGAGACUACAUUUGGAUUUUUAGGUGUACUACUGAAUUUAAUAAUUUUAAAGAACAGACUUUUAAUUAUAAGAACAGUUCAGAAUUGGGUGAAUAUCACAAGAUUGUAUCUAAGUCACAUUGCACCCUAAUAUCCACAAAAAUAUAA